UGCAACACUAACUUCCCGCACGCGCACGCAAUUCGCUAGACUUUAUUUUAAAAUUAUAAAUAAAAGUAAAUAUGCGUUUCGCACAAAUUGUUGUGGGACCUGCUGGCAGUGGCAAGUCUACAUAUUGCAGCUAUAUGCAACAGCAUGCCAUGGACAGCAAGCGAAACAUUCAAGUUGUCAAUUUAGAUCCAGCAGCGGAGCACUUUAAUUACACCCCAUUAACAGACAUACGAGAGCUAAUACAUCUGGACGAUGCCAUGGAGGACGAGGAGCUACACUACGGCCCUAAUGGCGGUCUGAUAUUUUGCCUUGAGUUUCUUAUUGAGAAUCAGGACUGGCUAAAGGCGCAAUUGUGUGGCGGCGAAGAUGAGUUAAUGCUAGGAGAGCCCGACGAUGAUUACAUACUGUUUGAUAUGCCUGGCCAAAUAGAGCUAUUUACACAUCUAAAGAUGGGCAAGCAGUUGGUACAACUGCUUGAAUCUUGGAAUUUCCGCACUUGCGUUGUUUUCUGCCUAGACUCACAGUUCAUGGUCGAUGGCGCCAAAUUUAUAUCAGGAACGAUGGCAGCACUCAGCGUCAUGGCCAACAUGGAGCAGCCACACGUGAAUGUACUAACCAAAGUUGAUCUUUUGAGCGUCGAGGCGCGCAAGCAGCUGGAACUAUAUUUGGAGCCAGACACGCACAAUCUUAUGGGUGAACUUACCAUUGGCACAGCUUUUGGUGAGAAAUAUCGCAAGCUAACAGAAGCAAUUGGCUCGCUCAUCGAGGAUUUUAGUUUGGUGCGCUUUUUCCCAUUGAACGUUGAUGAUGAGGAGAGUGUUGGUGAUCUAUUGCUUCAAAUCGAUAGUAUAUUGCAAUAUGGAGAGGAUGCUGAUGUACAAGUGCGAGAUUUUGAUGAACCGGAGGAAAAUGAGGACCCCAAUGCGGAUAUGUAAAAGUCUUAAGUUUAUUGUUAAUAAUUAAUUAAAUAAUACGUAUUAAUGUAAAUAAAUGUAUAUACAAACAACUUUA